AAAUCUCCUGGAAAAUUUGCAUAAUCGGAUGAAACGGCGGUGUGUUGUGUGACAGGUCCAUAUGAAGGCAUCAGAAGAAGAAGAGGAAGAAGUUGUGCAUAGUGGAGGAGGUUAUACAUCACCACUAAUGUCAUCACUUUCUGAUGCUUAUGAUGAUGGAGAAGAGCAUCAGAAGAAGAAGAAAAAUUAUGGAUUGGUUCAAGUGGAAGAAGGUGGACAAGAUGUUAUUUCCAGUGUGGAGGAGCUCCUGAAAGCCACUACAGCAUGGCGCCCGUAUCCCCUGUUCAUAAUCUGCUCCAUGUCAUUCCUCUGGUCUCUAUGUGCUCUCAGUGCAAUUUCGCCAGCUUUCACUGCUCCGGCCGGCGAUGAAUGUACAGAAAACUGCUCGUUUUACACAAUUCAAAACGAAUUCAACCUAACCUCCAAGUUUUUUCUCGUUGAGCCCGCUGAAUUGACAACUUCUAUUUAUUUUUUGGGAAAUCUGUUGAUUGGACAGCUGUUUGCAGUUGUAGCUGAUAGAUUUGGCCGCCGUCCAAUUAUUAUAAUAUGCCUUCUUCUUACUGGAAUUGUGGGUUCUCUAGGAUCUCUUGCCCCGAACUUUCCGCUACUUCUUGUCGCAAGAUUUAUACAAGGAUCCUGUUAUACGCCCCUGACAACAGUGAACUACGUGUUAAGCGGUGAAAGUAUUCCACAUCGAUCUCAAUCAUUAACAUCAAUAUUUUUCGGAGUCUCAUGGGUAUGCGGUUAUUGUUUUUUGGCUCCAUUAUCUGUAUGGUUUAACACGUGGAGAAGUCUUCAAUUGGCAACUGCUCUUCCCAAUAUUUUAGUCGCUGUGUUUCUGAUGGGAACGCUCCCGGAAAGUGUCGGCUACUCAAUCGAAAAGAAAAACCGGAAAGCUGUUCAAAAAUGGAUCAAACGAAAUGAGCUGCUCUCCUGUAAAAAGCUCAACUACGAUCUCGACAUGAUUAUGGAGAAAACUGAGAAAAUUGCCACUUCAUCAUCGCCGACACCACAAAAUCGACUGACAAUAUUUGAAAUGAUUCGUGAAAUUCUGUCGGAUCGGGAGAUCACACGCCGAAUCAUCGUCGAGACUUUUCUCUGGAUUCUCACUUUUAUGACGUACUGUGCGCUGUCACUUACAUCCACAUCUGUCGGAAAUUCGGAUCCGCUGGUGUCGUUUUUGUUUUCGGGAGUCGUCGAGUUGCCUGCCUACCUCUUCAUACCGAUAUGCUUGACGAGAACAAAACGUCGCCCAACCCGUUUUCUGUGCCAUUUUACUGGCUCAAUGGCCCUUCUCACAAUGUAUUUCUUGUCAAACGACACAUCGCUACACCUCAUCAUUUGGCUCGUUGCCAAGUUUUGCGCCUCAUGCUGUUACAUUUUCUGCUUCAUCUACGCUGCCGAGCUGUUUCCGACGUGGUGCCGGUCGUGCUGUAUUGGGGUUUGCUCGACAUGCUGCAAUAUUGGAGCAAUUGUGGCGCCGCACAUUUUUCUGAUUGAUUCGGCGGCUCCUGGAGCACAGUUUUUGGUGCUAGCAGCAGUGGGAUUGUUGUGCUCUGGGCUUACGUGGUGCCAGCAGGAGACCAAGGUUUAGGGCUUUAAUUAAUAUUAUUUGAAUUUUUUUAUGAUCACCCAGUGACAAAAAAAGAAAAAAAAACGAGUUUUCAGACGUGUAUUUGUGUUUUUUUGUAAUAUUUUGUAAUAUUUUGUUUUGUGAUAAAAAUCCCCAGUUUUGAAUAAAUUAAAUUAUUUUUUUC